AUGUCUGAAAUCAACGUCACCGCAGUGAUCACGCCCAAGCCAGAGCACUUCGCAGAGGUGGCGGCACUCGUAUCCGCAGUCACCAAACAGGUUGAAGAACACGAACCAGACACCUUGCUCUACUACGCAUUCCAGAUCGAGAAGACCAAGGAGAUCGUGGUGGUCGAGAGGUACAAGCACCAAGCGGCGGUCCAGGCCCACAUGAAGGCACCCUAUUUCCGUGAAUUCGCGGGCAAAUUGCCCACUUUGUUGGCGAAGCCGACGGAGCUGAAGGCGGGUGGAUUCUUAGGUGGUUGGAGGGGAGUGUCGCGACUGUAG